AUGAGGUUCUCGCUACUGCCUUUUCUGGCCGCCGGUGCCGUGGCUCACCAUAAUCACCAUCAGCUUCAGCAUCAGCACCAGUAUGCAGAGCGUGGCCUCGAUCUGGCUGCUCGCCAGGACAUCCAAGAUGAUCCACUGGGCACCUGCCCCUCUGUCACCCCUGCUACCGUCGAAUUGACCCCGAUCACUUACAGCUACUUCUUCCCCUCCAACACCGUCGUCGAUGCUUUCUUAAAUGGUAUCCUCAUUACCAUUACCAACGCCCCGAUCGAGAUUACCUUUUCUGGCUUCCUCACUAUCACGAGAGGUGCUCCCAAAACUACUCCUACUAGCCCCACAACAACUGCCGGUCCACGUCCCACCUCUGCUCCCCCAUCUCCUCCUCGGACGACCUCCAAUGUGCCGCAAACGUCGCGGCAAACUUCCAGUGCCGGCAGCGCCUCCAUCAAUCCGACUCUGACUGGACCUACUACUCUCACCACCACACGAGCUUCGUCUGCAGCUACGAGCCCCGUGUCUUCUCGAGUCUCAUCCGCAUCUGGAAGCUCUUCCCGAUCAGCUAGCUCCGGUCUGAGCAGCACUACAGCCACGUCUGUGCUGCAAUCCUCCACCGCCUCUUCUACCGUGUCGACCGUAUCGUCCACCCCGAGCGCACCGCCCAACGGCACUUACUUCGUAGCCUCGACCAUCCUGAUCAUCGUGCGCAACGCCGUUGACGGCGCUUCUGCUUCCUCUGGUCUCAACGGUUACGGUAUUCCGUUUGAAUUGCUCUACGUGCCAUCGACCGGCGCCCCUCUGCCAACUCUCAAUACGACAUUCGGCGGAAAUUAUGGCGGUAUCAUCGUUGCUGGCCAAGUUUCCUACCAAUAUGGCACAGCCUUCCAGUCAGCUCUGACUCCGGCUCAAUGGCAACAGCUCUACGACUAUCAAACCCAGUAUGGUGUCCGCAUGGUACAGUAUGAUGUCUUCCCUGGACCACUAUUCGGCGCUUCCCUUGUCGGCACCACUGGUUGUUGCGCAGCUGGUGUGGAACAAAAUAUGUACUUUACCCAGACCACACCUCAAUCUGGCCUCAGGAUUAACGCCGACUUCUCUACAUUGGGCCUAUACCACUAUCCGGCCUCCAUUGCUGAUGCCACCACCACUACCGAGAUUGCCAGGUUCCGAGCCGCAGGUUCUUCCCCCGAAGGUGUUGCUGCUGUUAUCAACAACUUUGCUGGCCGUGAACAAAUGGUCUUCUUUAUUUCCUGGGCCACCGAUUUCUCCGCCACGAGCAACUUCUUGCAGCACGAGUAUAUCACAUGGAUGACCAGAGGUCUCUACAGUGGAUAUCGUCGUGUCUAUCUCAAUACUCAGAUUGACGACAUGUUCCUGUCUACCACACUCUACCAGCCUGCCAAUAUCGACUACCGUGUGGUACCUGCCGAUAUGCAAGACAUCUGGAACUGGGUCCCCACCAUUCAAGCCAAGAUGAAUGCCGGCUCCUUCUAUCUGCCUGAGAUUGGACACAAUGGCAACGGCAACAUCGAGUACUCGACAUUCGUUGCUGGCGGUGACGCGGUAUGUGCACCAGGGCCGAUUGAGUACAACUCGCCGCCAGAUACUCCAUUGGAGUUCAAGAAACCUCUUGGUACUGGAACAAAUCUGUGGCCUACCUCGCCUACGGUCUAUGGAUACUCGACUGCUUGCAACACUCUGGAUCCUCUCUUCAAUUGGUUCCGCACCCCUGCCAACCAGAACAGAUUCAUUCACAUCUCCCAUACCUUCACUCAUCUGGAACUAAACAACGCUACCUAUAGCGAUGCACUCAAGGAGAUCCAGUUCAACCAGGCUUGGCUUCAGCAAAUCGGCUUCACUGCUGGUCGUUUCACACCCAAUGGUCUGAUCCCACCUGCCAUCACCGGUCUACACAACGGUGAUGUGCUUAGGGCUUGGACCAACGCUGGUCUCCGCAACUGUGUUGGCGACAACACUCGGCCUGCGCUUCGCAAUCAGCAGAACAACAUGUAUCCAUACACCACGUCCCUAGCAAAUGACAACUUUGACGGCUACAUCGUCCUUCCCCGCUGGGCUACACGUAUCUAUUACAACUGUGACAAGCCAGCAUGCACGACCCAGGAAUGGAUCAACACUUCGGCCGGCAAAGGCGAUUUCUACGACCUGCUCAACGUCGAGAAGUCCGAUACCAUGCGCCAUCUCUUCGGCCUCUUCCACGAAGGCUACAUGUUCCACCAGGCCAACCUGCGCACCCAAGGCGUCGACCCCAUCACCAUCAACGGCGUCACCUCAACCAUCUCCAUCUUCCAAGCCUGGGUCGAAACCGUUGUGCAAGAAUUCACCCGCCUCGUCAACUGGCCCUCCAUCACCCUGCAACAGUCCGACCUGGCCGUCACCUUCACCGACCGCCAGACCCGCGACGCCUGCCAGCCCCGCCUCACCUGGAACAAGGUCGGCCAGACCAUCACCAGCGCCACCGUCACCGCCAACGGCAACUCCUGCAGCGUGCGCGUCCCCGUCACCAUCCCCAACGGCAUCACCACCGACGCUCAGGGCUUCCAGACCGAGCAGAUCGGUAAUGAUCCCUUGACGAUCUGGGUCCAGUUGACGGGGAGUCCCGUGACGUUCCAGUUUACACCGCCCAUCGCUGUCCCUUAG